CACUCCCUCCUUCCUUAAACGUGAUCGGAGUUUGUGAAUCCGUCAAUGUGAACGGGCUGCCAGAUGUGUAGUAUUGGUCAUUCACACUAGUUCCCGCUUAGAUUCGAAUGAAGUAACUUGGCGAUUGAGCACGUGACGACGCAAUGACUGUUUCGUAUUCCGCGGAGGUACCAAAUGGUAGCAAUUUUGGAGUGUUUUGGCGAAUUCUCUGGAAAUGGCGCGGUAGUGUGUAUAAGGCUGUUUGGCGGGAACUCUUGGCAUAUUUACUAGUCUAUUACACACUUAACUUCACUUAUCGAUACGGCCUCAGUGAAGAUGGGAAAAGGGUGUUUGAACGAAUCCGUACGUACUUUGGCCAGCAGCGAGAAACGGUGCCACUUUCGUUCGUGCUCGGCUUUUACGUCAGUUUGGUAGUCAAGCGGUGGUGGGAGCAAUAUCGGAUGUUGCCAUGGCCCGACACUUUGGCCCUUUUUGUAAGUGCUGCCAUACAGGGUAAUGUAAGUAAAACUGAUAAUCGUUAUAUAACUUAUACUUGUAACCAACCAUGUUAUUCCCAGGACGAAACGGGGCGGUUGAUGCGACGGAACAUCAUGCGCUACAUGGUCCUUUCGUACGUCAUAACGUUGCAGAAAAUAUCACUGCGCGUAAAACGCCGCUUUCCCGGAUGGCAACAUCUUGUUGAUGCCGGUUUGAUGCUAGAAAGCGAGCGAAAAAUUUUCGAAAUCAUGGACGCCAAGAGCCCGAUGUCCAAAUACUGGAUGCCGCUUGUCUGGGCGACCAACAUAAUCAACAGGGCGCGCAAGGAUCAGCUUAUCCCUUCCGACCACAUCGUGCAAACGCUGCUGAUGGAACUCUCCGACAUCCGGCGUAGACUCGGGGGCCUAAUCGGUUACGACACCGUCACUGUGCCACUUGUUUACACGCAGGUUGUAACACUGGUGCUGUACUCGUACUUUACCGCUGCAAUUAUGGGGAGCCAGAUGAUUCCAACAUUCGAUGCUGUAACCGGAACAUACCAGGAGCUAGACGUGUUCUUUCCUCUUUUUACCGUGCUGCAGUUUGUGUUUUACGUGGGCUGGUUAAAGGUGGCCGAGGUGUUGAUAAAUCCCUUCGGUGAAGACGACGACGAUAUCGAACUGAACUGGCUAAUCGAUCGACACAUUAAGGCGUCCUAUAUGAUUGUUGAUGAAAUGCACGAUGAACAUCCAGAGCUACUGAAAGAUCAGUAUUGGGACGAAGUAGUGCCAAAAGAUUUACCGUACACGGUUGCUUCGGAGCACUAUAGACGAGAGGAACCGAAAGGAUCGGCAGAACAUUAUAAGGUUAAGGAAGCAGACGCUGUAUACGCCAACAUCGGCGCAGUAAGCGGGAAACGGAUCAUAAGCGACGAGAUGUACGCUGAUUAUGAAAGUGUCGACACCCCGAUGGCCGAAAGACGUAAAGGAUGGCUCGGAAAAGUUAGUCGCAUGGGAUCCGGUCGUAGCUCGUCGACCGCAUACUCUUCUGGUGGGUUAUUCGCUCGUAAUCGUCACAACUCUGUGUAUUCAAGCCCAGAGGCGGGUCUCGGACAACCGAUCGUUUCCGGUGCGCCGACACCGAAGGUAAGCCUUUACGAUCGAUUUGUGAACCGCAAGUCCGGACGACACGCACGGCAAAUAAUAAAACAAAAUUCCAAGCUCAAUUUGAACGGCUCAGCUAUGUCGAAUGUACCACAAAAAUCUCGACCUCGAAUUCCAACACCGGAUGUGACAAAGGAAACUCGCAUCGCACCAUUCGGCACAGUUACGACAAGCACGGCGAACAUCGCCUCUGGUGUUGCGUUAAUGGCGACACAGUUGGCCAACAAUCCAUCUGUUUAUCCUACCGCCACGCCUACCAUCAACAAUAACGACGCACCAGUGGUCGGGACAUUGCUGCUUGCACCAAUCAAGGAGUUAGAUUCCACCUCAACGACCAAUACUCUCCACUCGGGCCAAUCUACGACAGCAACUCUGGCCAAAUCAAUUUUACCAACCACGCUCAAGAGCAAUGAGGAAACAUUUUCCCGGCCUCGACCAUACUUCGCUGUUUCACCGUUCAAUAAAGAUGGUACGAACCUUGACUUGGCUCUAAAUAACUCACCAAACGUCGGAGAUUCGACUACAAAUUCCCUCGCUGCUAACACAGUUAUUGUCCUACCGACGACAGGAACCGCCGUUUCAACCCUUCCAUCGAAUAACGCUUCAGUCGGAAGAACAAUCCCAGCGGCCGGUUCGGGUUUAUCGCUCAAUGCAAUCGAUUGUUCCGCUAGUGACGGGCUAGUUUCUGGUGGUGGCUUUAGUCCUAGCAUAACCGUGCCGACCACCGAUGCAGUCCUACCGAUUUCACUUACUUUCACAGUAACACCGGUAAUCAACACUAGUACUACAACCAGCAGUAUCAUCAUAACCGAGUUGCCUUGUGACGAGGGUAAGAUAAACACGAGUCUCACCGUCAGUAACGAAAAGCAACAACCGAACGUUUCGAGCACUAUCACCUUCACCAGCGACAGCUCAACGUCCGCCACCUCAACUUUGGGCAAGCAAAAGCCCAAGCACGGGGAAGUGUAUGUCUAGCAUGAAGGUCAAGUCACUGCAAUGAAAAACAGGAAAAGAGAAAAAAGGUGAUAUUGCAAUUGUAGAAAACCAUAGAUAUGGAAUAGAAUGUGCCAAUUAUAAAAUUCUUCUGCAGCCACCAUUAAACACAAUCGCAAUCAGCCAUGGCAAUCGUUGGUCAUGGCCAUAAAGCUGUGUUAUCGUUUUUUGAUACAAAAUCAAAUAGUUUGUUUUUAUAAUUCUGUUUGAUACUUCGUUUUAAAGAUACGAACCAAAGUAUUUCUUUGUGACCAAUAUGAUACAGUUACUUAAUAUUUUCUUAUUAUUUCAACCAUAUAGGAACAUUUUUUAACGUAUGCGUAUAACGACUCAUUUUAACUUAAAAUGCCAGAUAGCGUAUAGUAUGGUACAAGGUUCAAUUUUUAGCGCGUAAAAAUGUAUAGAAAGGCAUCGUCUUAAUAAGAACGAUAAUGAUUUUAAGCUACCAUCCAGGCAAAAAGCAAAGGACCAGAUAUCAAUACAACUGUUAUUUUUUUAAAUACAAAUCACCUUAUAUAAAAAAACGUGUGGGAUGUAGGGAAAACAACCUUUAAA